AAGUUCCUUUUCUGCAGCGCACAGGGUGGCCUCAGGCAGACUAGCGGCUUGGCUGCUCUGGAGUCUUUAUCCCUCUCUCUCUCUCCCAGCUGCAAAAUCCUGUGGUCUUCAAAAAAAUCAAGCGUGUAGCUUUUCCUCUUCCCGAGGAUAAUCAGCUAAUUUAACUCUGAACUACACCCUAGCUCCUACCCCACCUCUGUGGCUGAAGUAACCGUGGAGUUUACUUGCUGCUUCCAAAGUUUCACACUCAGGGAAGAAAUAUGGGAUGUAUAAAAUCAAAAAGAAAAGAGACUCUGCCUGGAGAUGGGCUAGAUUUGAAGAACCAACCAGUACGUAAAACUGAACCAACUAUUUAUGUGAGGGAUCCAACGUCCAAUAAACAGCAAAGGCCAGGAAAUACAGAAAUGCACCUUUUACCAGGGCAGAGAUUCUGUAAAGAAGAUGCGGAGGAGCAUGGGGACAUUGUAGUAGCCUUGUAUCCUUAUGAGGGAAUUCAUGAAGAUGACUUGUCCUUCAAGAAAGGAGAAAAAAUGAAAGUUCUUGAGGAGCUUGGAGAAUGGUGGAGAGCUAAAUCUCUCUCAACAAAGAAAGAAGGCUUCAUUCCAAGCAACUACGUAGCAAAAGUAAACACCUUGGAAACAGAAGAAUGGUUCUUCAAAGAUAUAACCAGGAAAGAUGCAGAGAGACAGCUGCUAGCACCAGGAAACAAUCCUGGGGCAUUCCUUAUCAGAGAAAGUGAAACAUUAAAAGGCAGUUAUUCUCUGUCCAUCAGGGACUACGAUCCACAGCAUGGUGAUGUUAUUAAGCACUACAAAAUAAGGAGUCUAGACAAUGGAGGAUAUUACAUCUCUCCAAGGAUUACAUUUUCCACCAUCAACGAAAUGAUCAAACAUUACCAAAAGCAGUCAGAUGGUUUAUGCAGAAAGCUGGAAAAAGCAUGUGUUUGUCCAAAACCCCAAAAACCUUGGGAUAAAGAUGCCUGGGAGAUUGCACGGGAAUCAAUUAAAUUAGUGAAGAAACUUGGAGCUGGUCAGUUUGGAGAAGUUUGGAUGGGUUACUAUAAUAAUAGUACAAAAGUGGCUGUGAAGACCCUGAAGCCUGGAACGAUGUCUGUACAAGCAUUCAUGGAGGAAGCCAACCUCAUGAAAACACUUCAGCAUGACAAGUUAGUAAGGCUGUAUGCUGUAGUCAGCAAAGAGGAACCUAUCUAUAUUAUAACAGAAUUCAUGGCAAAAGGCAGUCUGCUGGAUUUUCUGAAGAGUGAUGAAGGAAGUAAAGUACUGCUUCCAAAGCUAAUUGACUUCUCAGCUCAGAUUGCAGAGGGAAUGGCAUACAUAGAAAGGAAAAACUACAUUCAUAGAGAUCUGAGAGCAGCUAACGUUCUGGUUUCGGAUUCACUGAUGUGCAAAAUUGCUGAUUUUGGACUAGCCAGAGUAAUUGAAGAUAACGAAUAUACAGCACGGGAAGGUGCAAAAUUCCCUAUUAAAUGGACAGCACCAGAAGCAAUUAACUUUGGUUCCUUUACUAUUAAGUCUGAUGUGUGGUCCUUUGGAAUUCUUCUGUAUGAAAUUGUUACCUUUGGAAAAAUCCCUUAUCCAGGUAUGAGUAAUGCUGAUGUGAUGGUUGCUCUUCAGCGUGGGUACCGCAUGCCACGCAUGGAAACCUGCCCAGCUGAGCUUUAUGAUAUCAUGAAAACAUGCUGGAAAGAUAAAGCAGAAGAGAGGCCAACAUUUGAUUAUUUACAGAGUGUGCUAGAUGAUUUCUACACAGCAACAGAAGGGCAGUAUCAACAGCAGCCAUAGAACAAAGGAACACUUUGCCAGUUGGCAUAGACCAUUGUUCGGACAAAGUGAGCAGAUAUCAUGUAUUUGGAUAUCCUAACCGAUUGUGGCUUCUGAAAAUGGAGGCUGAAACUCCACAGGAAGAAUCAUUCUGCUUAGAAAUAAACCAUGUUUUUCUAUGGUUAAUUUAAUUUGAAUGAUCACUCUGCUUGAGGUUAGAGUUCUCUUUAGAUGUUAUCUUUUUAUUUGCCUAAAUAAACAUCCAAACAAGACAAGCUUUGAAAACAAAGACAGAGUGCAGUUGCACCAAUACAGACUUACAAAGCAUUUGAAGCUGCAGACAGAAUUUGGGGAAAUCUCUAAAGGAUAGCUUGCCUUACAAGAAAAUGUAUGAAGUCUGAAGAUAAAUAUGAACAAUUUAUGAAUGGAAAAGUUAAAGAAUUUCUGCUCCCAAAUUAGCUUUUUGAAAGAUAGCACAUCAUGAAAGUCGUGCUUUGUAUUUUUAUAGCCUCUGGUUAUCUUACAUCAGUAUCUGGAGAACAGUAUCUUGUUGCAAGAUUCAAAUAUUUAGGAUGUAAUCAUCCUCUUUAAGAAAGGGUUAAAAGGUAAUUUUUACACUUAAUUUAAUUCUCUUUGGCAUAUAUGCACAGCCCAAGCAUUUACACUGUUAAGGUUUGAAAAAAGUGUCUUUUACAGGCACCAAGGUAAGAAUAA